AUGGUGUGGCAGGCAAUCAACAAGCCGCCGCCCAGCAGGUCGCCCAUGUUCCUGCUCAAGGGUGUGCUGGUUGUCUUCAUCCUGUCGCUCAUCCUGACGAGUUCCUACAUCUACCGCGACACAAUCACUCAGAAGGCCUCCACGAUCAAGUUCACCGACGGCGAGGCGACCGACUAUUUCAAGUACCCGUUCAACUCGAGCGACGCCAACGCGAACCCGAUCGACUGGCUGAUCCACGAUGCGCGAGCGAGGCAAGAUGCGGUCCUCCAGAAACGGAGCCGCACGCUGCAUAAUGCCGCGCAACGCUAUCGAGAGCGGCGCGGACGGCACCCGCCCCCGGGCUUUCAAGAGUGGUUCCGCCAUGCCGAGGAGACCCAAGCGAUUGUCAUUGAGGAGUUCUUUGACCGCAUCUACGACGAUCUGAAGCCCUUUUGGGCCGUCGAAGCCAAGACGAUUGCAAGCCAGGCGAACGCGGCGGAACAUGUGAUUCGGGUUCGGAAUAAGAAGGUAGCGAGCGAAGGAGACACUAAGGACGAAGGGGACACCAAGCACGAAGGGGACACCAAGCACGAAGGAGAUAUCGAGGGGAGGGGGCCUUGGCUGGAACUGUGGAAAGCGCUCGUGACCGAGUUUGGGGAGUAUCUUCCAGACGUGGAUAUGCCCAUCAACUACAUGCACGAGCCCCGCGUGUUGGUCCCGUGGAAGCUGAAGGAGAAGUACUUGGCGAAGGAGGAAAAGGGACGCAAGAUGCCUAUGAAGAACAAGGCUACGAGCGGCUACAAGGGUCUUACGGACGUGGGCAAGUCGUACUCGAAGGAGUGGACGAGCGACGAUCGUCGCAAGUACUGGGAUCUGGUGCGUGAAGCAUGCCCCGAGGGCUCCCCUUCCAGGAAUGUACCCGCGGCAACAGAUCUUUCACUGCCGCCAACGCUGCCAUAUUCGUGGGAGGCACCGUUUGCUCGACAAGGCUACGUCCAGAAUUUCACCGGUUCCCAAGAUCCUUGUGUCCAACCCCAUCUACGUUCGCUCCAUGGGACUUUCGUGGAGCCGCUGAACGUCAACACCACAAAGGACCUCAUUCCCCUCUUCGGCGGCUCCAAGCUCCGCGUCAACUCGGACAUUCUCAUCCCGGGUGCCAUGUACCUGUCCGACGACGAGGCUUACACGGGGGGCAGCUCACAUGGCCCGGCAUGGGCAGACAAGCUCGACCGCCUCACAUGGCGCGGCAUAGGGUCUGGCGGUCUGACACAGUCAGACAACUGGAUGCACUUCCACCGUCAGCGCCUCGUCGAGAUGCUCAACGGAACGACCGUCCGUGGCAUGGAGGCCAACGACGUCCGCGCCAUGACCUUCGACAUGCCUCCUCUAGAGCGUUACAACACCACGCGUCGCCGCGAGAAACGUCUAGGCGACUUCCUGUCCGGAUUUGCUGACGUGGGCUUCACCCAUUUGUCGUGCGGGCCCAGCAAUGACCGGCGGAAGGAGUGCGACUGGCUCACACCGCACCUGUCCGUCGUCAAUGCGACGCCCAUGGCAGAGCAGUUCUCCAGCAAAUUCCUCCCCGACGCGGACGGGUACAGCUUCAGCGGCCGCUUCCGCGCGUUUCUGCUGUCGACGAGCGUGCCGCUCAAGGCGACGGUGUACGCCGAGUGGCACGACGACCGCCUUGUGCCGUGGCUUCACUUCGUCCCGCUAGACAACACGUUCCAGGACCUCUACGGCGUUCUGGACUUCUUCACAGACGGAGAUGACGCUGCGCCCUCGCAGUGGGAUGUGCACAAGGUUCUGGGAAAGAAGAGCAAGGGCGAUGACGCUGCGAGAUGGAUCGCCGAGCAGGGUAGGGAUUGGGCGGGAAAGGUACUCAGGCGCGAAGACAUGAGGCUGUACGUGUGGCGGUUGCUGCUUGAGUUUGCCAGGCUGUGCGACGAAGAGAGGGAUACGCUGGCCUACGUGGACGAUCUGCCUUGA